AUGGACAUUGGCAAGGGCCUCCCAGCCACUGAGAGCCACAGGGACCUCCACAUAUGGAUCAUUGAGAACCUAAGGAUGGUUCCAGUCCCCGCAAGGGCUUAUGGGAACUUCUUCAAGGAACACUGCUACAUUGUCCUCCACGUGAGCCUGUGGAAGUCUGCCCGGCAUGGGGGCUGGGAGGCCUGGGUGACUCUCUUCUCGAGAGCCCAUUCCCUCCUCAGCUAUAGAAAAGGAGGCCUGGCCUCUGCCCUCAGGCAUGUGGAGACCAACAUAUACAACAUCCAGCGACUGCUGCGCAUCCAAGGGAGGAAGCAUGCGUCAGCCACAGAGGUGGAGCUCUCUUGGAACAGCUUUAAUAAGGGUGACAUCUUCCUGCUGGACCUGGGCAAGGUGAUGAUCCAGUGGAAUGGGCCCGAGGCCAGCAUUUCUGAGAAGGCGCGGAUCAGUGGCCUGACCCUGACCUGCAGCCUCCAGGACAGGGAGCGUGGUGGUCAUGCCCAGAUUGGUGUGGUGGAUGACGAGGUCGAAGCCACUGACCUCAUGCAGGUCAUGGAAGCUGGGCUGGGCUGCAGAGUGGGCAACCUGCAUGCCACCCUGCCCAACAAGAGUAUUAGCCAGCUGCAGAAGGCCAGUGUCCACCUCUACCACGUUUGUGAGAAGGAUGAGGACUUGGUGAUCCAGGAGUUGGCGACCUGCCCACUACCCCAAGACCUACUGCAGGAGGAGGAUUACUACAUCCUGGACCAGGGUGGUUUCAAGAUCUAUGUGUGGCAGGGACGCAUGUCUGGCCUCCAAGAGAAAAAGGCUGCCUUCAGCCGGGCCCUGGCCUUCAUCCAGGCCAAAGGCUAUCCGACCUACACCAACGUGGAGGUGGUGAACGAGGGCGCCGAGUCGGCCGCAUUCAAACAGCUCCUCCAGACUUGGUCUACUAACCAGCGAAGGAACCAGAAGCUCGACAGGAUGACUGAGCGGGGGGGGGGGGGUAAAUUGAUUCGGGUAAGGCUGGAUGUGGGCAAGCUGCACAGUCAGCCUGAACUAGCGGCCCAGCUCAGGAUGGUGGACGAUGCCUCCGGGAAGGUGGAGAAAAGAGAAUUUUCCCAAGAGCCCCGAGGCUGUGCGUCUUCAAGCCCCAGAGCUGAGGAGCUGAGAAUGGGAUCUAAGAGCUGCCCCAGGCCCUUACCACCCCCACCUGCAGGGCCACCAGGCCACCAGGCCACCACAUGUGAGAUCAACAUCCUGAACUGCCACGCCGAGGAGCUGGACCUCAUGUACCAUGGAGCCCUGGUGCAGGAACGCGUGACCAUGGGUAGCGAGCCCCCUCACUUCCUCGCCAUCCUCCAGGGCCAGCUGGUGGUCUUCCAGGGGCACACGGGGCACAAUGGGAAGGGGCAGCCAGCACCUGCCACGAGGCUCUUCCAUGUGCAAGACACAGACAGCUACAACACCAGGACUGUGGAGGUGCCGGCCCGUGCCUCAGCUCUCAACUCCAGUGACAUUUUCUUGCUGGUCACAGCUAGCACCCGCUACCUCUGGUUUGGAAAGGGCUGCAGCGGUGACCAGCGUGAGAUGGCGCGGAUGGUGGUCACUGCCAUCUCUGGGGAGAACAAGCAAACGGUGCUGGAGGGUCAGGGGCCUCCCCACUUCUGGGAGGCCCUGGGAGGCUGAGCUCCCUACCCCAGCAACAAGAGGCUUCCCGAGGACGUCUCCAGCUUCCAGCCACCUGAGUGCUCCAGCCAGAUGGGCUGCCUGGUCCUCACAGAAGUGGUGUUCUUUAGCCAAGAGGGCCUGGACAAGUAUGACAUCAUGUUACUGGACACCUGGCAGGAGAUCUACCUGUGGCUCGGGGAAGCUGCCAGUGAGUGGAAGAAGGAGGCGGUGGCCUGGGGCCCGGAGUACCUGAAGACGCAUCCCGCAGGGAGGAGCCCCGCCACGCCCAUUGUGGUGAUCAAGGAGGGCCACGAGCCUCCCACCUUCACUGGAUGGUUCCUCACCUGGGACCCUUACAAGUGGACUAACAACCAGUCCUAUGAGGAGGUGGUGGAUGGCAGCCUGGGAGCAAAACCUGCCAUAGUUGAGAUAACAGCAGAACUCAACAACCUGCAGCUCUCUAGAGGGCCAAGCAAUGGCAGGACAGGCCCCUUGACCCUGUGGGCCCUCAAGGGCUCCCAGGAGGGCUCAGGGAAUGAGCUGCAGCUAGGCCCCAAGGCCGGGGGCACCAGCACCGGCAGCUGCCACAGCAGCCCCAGACCCACCAUCAGUGGGAGCCUGCCCCGCGAACAGCUAAUGCAUCAGGCUGCCGAGGACCUGCCAGAGGGCGUGGACCCAGCCCACGAGGAGUUCUCUCUCUCCGACUCUGACUUCCAAGAUAUCUUUGGGAAAUCCAAGGAAGAAUUCUAUAGCAUGGCCAAGUGGAGGCAGCAGCAGGAGAAAAAGCAGCUUGGCUUGUUCUGACCCCAGGCCCUGCCCCUACCGGUGCCACCCACAUGGCCAGCACCUCCACGGGUACCUUCCCAACACAUACCUGAGACCCCUGGGAGACCCCGCUGGCAAAGCCUAGCUGGAGACUCCCGGGUCAACCCCUCCACCCCGGUCAAUAAA